GCUGUUUUAAAGCAUGACAUGAUAAUUCAAAGAAAAGUUUUGUAAAGUUUAAUAAAUGCCCGGAUCAAGUGAAAUUGGGAUGAAACAAUGGAUUGGAUUCAUUGUAAUAAGUGUUUUGCUCAGUUAGAACCUGGAAUCACUCUACAUUUGACAUCAUGUGGUCAUAUGUUUUGCAACAAUUGUUUGGAAAAUGGCGUCAAGGAAAGCACAUGUAUCGUUUGUCGUAUGCCAUGCUCUAUCAUGAAGUUGGUUCCAGAUAUGAACCCAGAAAUUCAGGAUUACUUCACGGAACCAGAGGAGAUAAUAAGGAAGUCCUGUGAAGUUCUGCAGUUUCAGAGGCAACAUAGGAGACGUUUGCUUUCGUAUCUAUUGCAGUCGACGAAGAAGUUCUACACGGCGCGUACAGAACUCCGUCGGAUGACGGAGCUCUGUCAGAAGCAGCAUCAGCAAAUCAAAGACUAUCAGAAAGUCAUCAAGGGUCUUCAGGCCCAACUUGCCAACCAGUCUAAGCAAGUAUCCCCGUUCAACGUGCCGAUAUCACCCACCGACCACAUGUCUCCAAGCUUCGUGCAGUCCACGCCAACUUACAAACGACCAGCUAAGAGUACUCCUUACAGCCAGCCGUAUCAAUCCAACCUCGUGACCCCGGCGCGCAUCAGUAAACAGCGCUCUAACGCGAGCAACUACAGCGCUCAUAGCCAGCGAUCAAACACAUCGAACAAGAUAUCGUCGACGGUGUUCACACCACCUACUCCCGAGUCGGCAGGGUCUCUAAGCCAACACAGCAAUGAGUCGGGGUAUUUCUCCAUCAGUCCUCCAAUGAAAUUUUCGUCAGGCGUUCUAUACUGUAACGGUGUAGAUGCAAAAUGUUCCUUUAGAACUAAAAAGAAAACGCCAUUUUCACUUCGUUCUGUUUAGAAGUUGUUAUUUUUGUUUUAAAUACUUACGAUGUUGCAAUGGUGUCUUACC